AUGCUAAUCGCUUCCAAACCGCAGGACGAAAGCAACAAACCCGGAUGCGAAAAGGAGGAAAACCACUACGUGCCCAACGAAAGCAGUGACGCCUUUUACUACUACAAGCAUAUUUUGAAAUUGCAGAAGAAGAACCGACUAAGGGUGACGAAAAACAGAAUGCCCAGCAUGCUGUACUACUGCCUGAACAAUUGCAGCGACAUGACGUGUGCGGAAAUUUCAGGCCUUGAUGGAUCCUUUGUCGCCACGGCGCAUUCGAAUAACAUAAUCAAGUUGUGGAACAUCAAACAGUCCCAAGCGAACAAAAUAAGAAAAAAAAAAAAGAAAUGGAAAAGAUUAAUAAAGGGGACAUAA